CGAUAUUAUUAGUACCCCAACUGGCUGCACAAGUUUAUACGAAUAGGAGAAGCUAAAAAAGAAGGUUAAUUCUAAUUGUACAAAAGAAAAGAUGACCAGCUUUCGCAAACGCACUGUGCAAAAGCCCAUCCCGGGCACUCGCACCAGCCCCCACACCGCCCAGAUAAUAACAUCGAGCGGUAAUCCGUAUCUUGACGUGGUAAUCGGCGGCGGCCUGCCCGUGGGCUCCAUCUGCCUGAUUGAGGAGGAUCGCUUCAUGACCCAUGCCAAGGUGCUGGCCAAGUACUUCCUGGCGGAGGGUGUGCUCUCCAAGCAGGAAAUAUUUCUCGGCAGUCUGGACGACAUCCCCGCCGAAAUGUUGCGUCGUCUGCCCCGUCCCCUGACCGAGGUGGAGCAGCGCGAGGAGCAGAUCGCCAGUGGGCAAGCGGGCGAGACAGGCGAGAACGGACUGAGGAUUGCCUGGCGCUACAAUGAUUUGCCGUUGGUGAACUCGGAGCAUGCCACGGCCAAGAUCGGGCAUCAUUUCAAUCUGAUGGAGCAGAUGGAUUCGCGAAUGCUGUACUAUGCCAACACCGUAAUUUGGGAUGACAGCCACAAAGACAACUGGAUUGGCGAUGGAGAACUAUCCAAGAGCAGCUCUCCCUCCAUCUCCAUGGAGCAGCAGCCCAUGGCCGAGGCUAUGGGCGAGGAGUCGGCGGCUGUCGAGACCGAACCCGAAGCCAAUGUCGAGCCCGUAGCCGAUGCUGAUAUUAAACCCUUGGACAAUAACGCCGCAGCUACCGUCGAUAGCACUGCCAACAACACCACAACCGUCACCAGCAGCACGAAAACGGGAAGCCAGCCAGCCGUUUGGCCCCACAAUGUCUUCCAUAAUACCCGCUAUGGCGGCCUGCUCAACGAUAUUCAGCAGCAGCUGCGCGACGAGAGCUUCAUCACCGGCACCAAGAAGCAUCUGUGCCGCGUGUGCCUCACCUCGCUGGGCUCACCGUUGUGGUACGACGACAACUUUGGCGAGGAUAUGCUCAAGUUUCUGACUCUGCUCAUGGCCAGCGUGCGCAACUGCAACUCGGUUUGCCUUAUCACGAUGCCCAUGCAUCUGAUUGCCAAGUACGAUGCCAGUCUAGUGCCCAAGAUCCGUCAACUGGUUGACUACGCCAUCGAACUGGAGUCGUUUGCCGGCUCCGAGCGGGAGACGCACCCCGCCUUUAAGGAAUACAGCGGCCUGCUGCAUCUGCACAAGAUGUCGGCAUUGAACACCCUUGCCGUGCAUAUGCCGGAGACCACGGAUCUGGCCUUUAAAUUGCGCCGCAAGAAGUUCGUUAUCGAGCGGUUCCAUCUGCCGCCAGAGCUGCAGGAGUCCCCUGCUAAUUCACAGUCAGCGAUGGCUGCUGAUGAUAUUAUUGCCUCGCCCAAGUGCGGGUCCAACGUGUUGAUCAAUUCCAAUGCCUCCGCCUCGUUGGAUUUCUAGCUGUCAAUGGUUGCUACACACACUGCAGUGGAAUUAGAAAUUAAGUAUGUAUCUGUAUCCACAAAACAACAAAAUUGCAUAAUAAUAAGCCAAGUAAAUGCAUUAAUAUAUCAA